CUUCAGUUGUUCCUCGGGCCGCAGGCGCUCUUCGCAUCCCUGACUCAGUAUGUGGCGCGUUCCCGGUCUGCUCUGCGUGCGCAUUGCAAGGAAGAGCAAGUUCUCCGGAUCUUGGAGCAGGCCUACCGCCUUCAUGUCCACUCUGCUCAUCAAUCAGCCCCAGUAUGCUUGGCUGAAGGAGCUGGGGCUCCGCGAGGAAAACGACGGCGUAUAUAAUGGAAGCUGGGGAGGCCGGGGAGAGGUUAUCACCACCUAUUGUCCUGCUAACAAUGAGCCCAUUGCAAGAGUCAGACAGGCCAGCAUGGCUGACUAUGAAGAAACUGUAGAGAAAGCAAGAGAAGCAUGGAGCAUCUGGGCAGAUAUUCCUGCUCCAAAGCGAGGAGAAGUAGUGAGACAGAUUGGUGAUGCCUUGCGGGAGAAGAUCCAAGUACUAGGAAGCUUGGUGUCUCUGGAGAUGGGGAAGAUCUUGGUGGAAGGUGUGGGAGAAGUUCAGGAAUACGUGGAUGUUUGUGAUUAUGCUGUUGGCUUAUCUCGGAUGAUUGGGGGACCCAUCCUGCCUUCUGAAAGACCUGGCCAUGCUCUCAUUGAGCAGUGGAAUCCUGUAGGCCUGGUUGGAAUCAUCACUGCUUUCAACUUCCCUGUGGCCGUGUAUGGCUGGAACAAUGCCAUUGCCAUGAUCUGUGGGAAUGCUUGUCUUUGGAAAGGAGCUCCUACAACUUCCCUCAUCAGUGUUGCAGUCACAAGGAUAAUAGCCAAAGUUCUGGAGGACAACAAGCUGCCUGGUGCAAUUUGUUCCUUGACUUGCGGUGGAGCAGAUAUCGGCACAGCGAUGGCCAAGGAUGAGCGAGUGGACCUGCUGUCCUUCACCGGGAGCACUCAGGUGGGAAAACAGGUGGCCCUCAUGGUACAGGAGAGGUUUGGGAGAAGUUUAUUAGAACUUGGAGGAAACAAUGCCAUUAUAGCUUUUGAGGACGCGGACCUCAGCUUAGUCGUCCCCUCAGCUCUCUUUGCAGCCGUGGGGACAGCCGGCCAGAGGUGCACCACCGCGAGGCGCCUGUUCUUACAUGAAAGCAUCCACGAUGAAGUUGUCAAUAGACUUAAAAAGGCCUACGCACAGAUCCGUGUUGGGAACCCCUGGGACUCUAACGUUCUGUAUGGGCCACUCCACACCAAACAGGCAGUAAGCAUGUUUCUUGGAGCAGUGGAAGAAGCAAAGAAAGAAGGUGGCACCGUUGUCUAUGGUGGCAAGGUUAUGGAUCGCCCUGGAAAUUACGUAGAACCGACGAUCGUGACUGGUCUUGACCAUGACGCAUCCAUUGUACACACAGAGACUUUUGCCCCAAUUCUUUAUGUCUUUAAAUUCAAGAAUGAAGAUGAGGUCUUUGCAUGGAACAAUGAAGUCAAACAGGGACUUUCAAGUAGCAUCUUUACCAAGGAUAUGGGCAGAAUCUUUCGCUGGCUUGGACCAAAAGGAUCAGACUGUGGCAUUGUAAACGUCAACAUUCCGACGAGUGGGGCUGAGAUUGGAGGUGCAUUUGGAGGAGAGAAGCACACUGGCGGUGGCAGGGAGUCGGGCAGUGAUGCCUGGAAGCAGUACAUGAGAAGAUCUACUUGAAAUUGCUCCACCCAAGUGCAAUAAGAUGGUAUGUGAGGUGAGGCCCGUGUGGUUUUAGGUGUUAAAGGAGCACGGGUGAGGAACCGGGACACUGUCUUGGUCUCAUUUACUGUUUCUCCCUGGCUCUAGAACCUCAGAAGGAGCAGGUGGGGGGUUCUGUAGCAACUUCAUGUAGGUCAGGAAUUUUUUUCCCCCUCCAGCUUUACUGAGGUAUAUAAUUGAGAAAAUCGCAAUAUAUUUAAAAUGUAUAACAUGAUGAUUUACGUACGCAUACAUUGUGAAAAGAUUCCCACGGUCAGGUUAGCACAUCCUUAGCCUCACAUCAUUGUGUGUGUGUGCACGCACGUGCAUGCAUGCUUAAGAUCUACUCUUAGCAAAUUUUUGAAUGUAUGUCAGGAGUUUCUGAGGUGCUUUGGCUAUGGCUUGUUUAGUCUCAGACAUAUGCAUGCUCUUUGUCUGAUUCCCUUUUGUUGAAGACAGUCUUGUUCCUUUUAUUUGUCUUGUGUACUUGGGAUCUAGGGGACCAAGCAUGUAUUAAUAGCUGCAGCCUUUUUGGAACCCAUUUAAUGGGGACACUCUGUGUCAGGAGUAAAGCCAGAUGGCUAAAAGGGAACCUUUUAUUUUCCAAAUUAUUAUAGUUCUUAUCUUAUCAAAUGUGAAUCCCUGUGUUUUUCCUGCUAAUUCACUGCAUGUUAUUGAGAGACAUAAAGAAGAUGAAGUUAUAUUCUCCAUAUUCUUUACACCCUGAAAACUACGACUAACAGAUAUGCUGUGUCUUUUCAGACUUUUGUGUUUCUCCUUUUUUUUUUCUUUUAUAAAACUGGAUCUGUACUAACAUUUUGUAUACUAAUUUUUUUCACCAUCUUAUAACUUGAACAUUUGCCCUUGUUGACAUAUUGCAGAUCGGCUACAUUUUUUUCAUGACAUAAAAUUUCCUCUAUUACGUGUGUACUGUUCUUCAUUUAAUUUUGUUCAUUUUUUAACCCCCCUUAGUACCAUCAACUACAGUAAGGACCUUCCUCUGGCCCAA